AUGAUUGGUAAAGGGAAAUCCAAAUAUGUUAGUUCUAAAGAGUUGAGUCAGAGAUCUAAGGAAGAUGGGGACAGGAUAAGCAAUUUACCUGACCAUUUGAUAUGUCAGAUAAUUUAUCUUCUCUCCACAGAGGAAGCUGUUAGGACAAGCGUUUUAUCCACUAGAUGGAGACAUGUUUGGCUUUGGCUUCCUGGUUUUGAAUUGAGUUCCAGAAAGUUCUCAGAUACCAAUGCCUUUGUGAGCUUUGGUGACAGAUUUUUGGAUUAUAGUAGGGUUACAUGCAUACGGAAACUCAAGUUAACUUUGGGGGAUAAUGCAAACACUGUAAAGGACGGCUCUUAUUUCACGUCAUGGAUUGAUGCUGCAAUAAAGCUUAAGAUCCAGCAUCUAGACAUUGAUUGGGCUGCAUACGAUUUUUUCACUCACCGUCGCCUAAGGUUGCAUAGCUGUGAGACACUGGUAUACUUAAGACUCUCCAACUUGUUCUUGGAUGAUGAGGUGUUUGUUGUCUUACCUUGUUUGAAGACAAUGUAUUUAGAACAAAAUUGGUACUCGAGUGAGACUAAUUUGAAGAAACUUAUCUCAUCAUGUCCCGUCCUUGAAAAUUUAAAUAUUGUCGCAUCUAAUAGUGAUGCACAAGUCUAUCAGGUGCACUCUCGGUCACUGAAGAGACUCAGCAUUGAAAGAAGAAUUCUCAAAGUGUUGGAUGGUGUUCCUGGAAUUGUUAUCGAUGCUCCUCUACUAAGCUGUUUGAGCAUCCAUGAUCAUGAAUCUAAAACCUUCAUAGUAAAAAGCAAUUUGGAGUCCAAUGCAAAGUUAUAUAUUUCUCUCAACUAUGGUUUAGUUGGAUCUGAUGUCAUAAAAAGUGUUUCAUCCAGAAGUAGCUUUCGUGAUUUUCUUACUGGGAUUUCGAUGGUCGGGGAUAUGAUAAUAUCUCAAAGUACAUCUCAGCUCAUUUGUCUAUACUCGAAGCUAGAACCGCUGCCUCAAUUUGAAUACAUGUCGCGCCUGUGCGUUUCUCUCCACGCGACCAAUUCGAUAUGGCUGAAAACAUUUCUUAGGAGUUGCCCUAAUCUGAGAUCCCUCAUCUUGGAACAAAUUGGUUAUGUGAAUUACCCUGAGCCACAAUCCGAGGAGGAGAGUCCCAAGUGUUUUCUUUCGUCUCUCGAGUUUGUUGAUAUCUACUUUUCAUCUCAAGGACGUUAUAUAGACAUGAAGUUGGUAAGUUACAUCCUUGAGAAUUCAGCAAUCCUCAAGAAACUCACUCUAAGUUGGGAUCAUCAUUCAACAAAAGGUGAAAUCAUUAAGGAACUGCUCAAAAUCCCAAGACACUCUACCAAAUGUGAAGUUGUCAUUCUUGGUUUUAAAAGGCAAGCGCCUUUGUCGCCAUGGUGCAAGGCUCACCAAGGAGAAGGCCCUGACGCUACAUACCUCUAAGGUGGUUGGCGUCAAAGCGGACUAGAAGGCUGGCUCGCCUUUGAGAUCUCAGGGUGUUUUGACUUUUCACUUCAUUCCUCUACUCUCUUAUUCUAACUUCAUCUCUGUGUCUUCUAUGUCUCCACCUUAGAAUUUCCUUUGUAUUCUUUUAUUGCUCUGAUCACAUAUUCAUAGUUGAAUUUCCAAUGUUUUUAUUUGAUUGCUUUGAUCACAGAUUCACAGUUAGGUAUAAAGUUUACUUAACUGAUCAAAUCACGAAGACUUCUCUCAGAGACUCAAAACUCUUGUUUUCUUGUUUCUUUUCGGAACUCCUUAUUUGAGCGAGGCUACAAAAGUGCAACUCAUGUCAAUUUGAUCCAAAAGACAAACCCUAAAGAAAGAGUUUGCCGUAGAA